ACGUGACCCCCCGGUUGCGUAGUGAAGGCGAGGGAGGCUGGUAGGGAGGGCAAGGCGAGCUCGAUCAAAAAGCUCGCCGCGGCCUUUAGUGGGUUUGUGCCGUGUUGUGUGACGCUGUGGUGGCUGCUGCACGAGAAUGCUGUGAUGUAAGCAACGAGAUUGAGGAUCGUUUGACCCGAGGACCGUGCUGCUAGCUCGCUCUGCUUCCUCUCCGUGUGUGUGUGUGCUGUGUUGUUGUUGGCCCCGCGCGCGGUGGUAGUAUCCUCGCUUUUUAUCACAGGGCGCUAUGCGACUCUCGUGACCGUCGGAGACGCGGAGCAUAUCGUCGCCCGAGACGCUGGCCGAAGCGGCCCGCAGCGGAGGAGCUUUCGAGUUCACGCUCUGGCGACGCUGGUGCUCUAGCAGUCUGGGCUAACCCCGCCGGGCAAGGCGGCGACGGCGGUGGAAACAGUACCGGUCCUGUGCGAUCCGCGGCAGCAAACCGUUUCACGAAGGUGAAAGACCUUGGAGAGAGCUGCUCGUCGUGCCGUUUUGUUGUCGGGCAGCGCGGAUUCGUCAGCGCUCUGCCGUUAAACACAAGGGUAGACGGCAACAUCGGCUGCAGGAAAGUGGCGCCCGCUGCUUGAAACUCGACUGCUCCUCCGAUCGACCUUCUUUUACAUUUUUUCUUGGUUCCGGGUCCGUCUGCACAACGGUGCGGGCCGAACGGCCACAACAAGCGUCGUCCCUUGCCGCGCCGCCGAGUUUCGUGUGUGCGAUCGGUGUUGUGUGCAUGUGCUGCGUGUGAGACCUGCUUGGAUUCCCUGCGACGAGAAAGGAAAGCGCGCUGGCCUCGCGGUGAUGUCGGCGGGCGCAACGGGGGGACAGCACCGGCGGAGACGCGAGUUUUGGCGGCGGACGCCGUCUACGGCCCUGUGAUUGUGCUUCUCUCGAAGGGGGACCCCUGUGCCCCCCCAAGAAAGCAUCCAAGCUGGCGUCGUUCAGUGCCCGAGAGAAGGCGGCCGUCAUGUCUGAGUACCAAUGGGCGUACUCCUUGGUGGACUCAUCACGCGUCUCCACCUUCCUCAUCUCCAUUCUGCUCAUGGUGUAUGGCAGCUUCAGGUCACUCAACAUGGAGCAAGAGCAGAAAGAGCGCAACGGCCAGGGAGCUGAAAAUAAUGUGCAGACACUGGACACGAUGCAAGCUCUAUGCCUUCCACUGGGCGCUUCCAUCUCCCUUCUGGUCAUGUUCUUCUUCUUCGACUCCAUGCAGAUGCUGUUUGCCAUCUGCACUGCAAUAAUCGCCACCAUUGCCCUAGCCUUCCUGCUCCUGCCCAUGUGCCAGUACCUCAUAAGGCCCUGCUCCAGUGGCAAAAAAAUUUCAUUUGGAACGUGUGGCCGCUUCACGGCAGCAGAGCUGGUCUCUUUUUCCCUCUCCGUGGCCAUUGUGUGUGUCUGGGUGCUCACGGGACACUGGUUACUCAUGGACGCGAUGGGAAUGGGUCUGUGCGUGGCGUUUAUAGCAUUUGUGCGACUGCCCAGCCUCAAGGUGUCCACCCUGCUCCUCACGGGGCUCCUCAUAUACGAUGUCUUCUGGGUGUUUUUCUCCUCUUAUAUCUUCAAUGCCAAUGUCAUGGUCAAAGUGGCCACGCGGCCAGCAGACAAUCCUGUGGGCCUGGUUGCCAAGAAGCUCCACCUGGGCAGCAUGGUUAGGGAGGCCCCUAAGCUGUCGCUCCCUGGAAAGCUGGUUUUUCCAAGUGUGCAUAGCAGUGGCCACUUCUCCAUGCUGGGUUUAGGUGAUAUCGUGAUGCCAGGCCUGCUUCUGUGCUUCGUGCUGCGCUACGACGCCUACAAGAAGGCCCAGCUGAGCUCGGCCGAGACGGGCGUGCCGCCGCCCAACCACCUCAACAAGAUCUCCUACUUCCACUGCUCCCUCAUUGGCUACUUCCUGGGCCUGCUGACGGCCACGGUGUCCUCGGAGGUGUUCAAGGCUGCCCAGCCUGCGCUGCUCUACCUGGUUCCUUUCACAUUACUUCCGCUGCUGACCAUGGCCUACCUCAAGGGUGACUUGAGGCGGAUGUGGAGCGAGCCAUUCAUCAGCAGCCCGCCUUCCAAGCAUCUGGACGUCUGACAGACCUCGUGUGCACGUCUGUUUCUUCUGCCGCUGCCGUUCUCGCCUACAUGCCCACACAUCUGAGCACAUGCGUGUGUGUGUGUGUGUGGGACGUUGACUGACAAGCUGCAUGCGAUAGUGCUCGGAAGAAGAAUGCAUCGACCUCAUCACUUCAGCACCUCACGCAACCUGCCUCUCAUUGUCAUCUCCCCCUGGGGACAAUGACCGUCAGCCGUGACUGGAAGUCAUUGCACUGCGGCUGGUCUGUUGGGGUGGGAGGGUGGGCACGUGCACAUUCAUCAUCCCUUCAUCUAGAGGUUUGGCUUAGACUUUGCACCCAUCUGUGACUGGCUGGCACAUUGCUCGUAGGCCACUGUGAGGGGAGGAACGGAGUGCGGCGGAACCUGUGCGCAGUGACGUGUCCGGAGUCAUGCCGCGGCUGUCUUGGGCAGAUGUUUGUGUUGACGGGUGAAAGAUGGAAGUCGAAAAGAGGCGAGCCUCAGGUGCAUCCUAGACAAAAGCUACCCCAUAGUUCGUGCCUGUCAUGCGUGGCAUUUUUUUUUCUUCUCUUUAGUAUUGUCUGUUAUCGACCCUAAGUGGUAGACGUUAGUGCACGUGAAAGAGUCCAAAAAGAAGAGAAAGAAAAGAAAGCGACAGAUUAUAGAAGGACGGCGAAUCAGGGACAUUGGAAGUUUUCCGUAUUGUAAGCAUCACACACAAGAACGAGCGCCCGUCUUUUGCUCUCCUUGAGACGACCUUUCCCAUCUAAGCACUGCUUCCAACAUGGGUAACUUAUACUAGUGUCACACGACCACUUUUGAUCGCGAUCAAGCCCAAUCUGGAUCUAAAUGCUCUAUGGCGAUUGGCUCCCUCAUGCAGCUUGCUAAAGGAGCCAAUCACCGACCGAGAAAUUAUAUUCGAAUCGGGCUUGAUCGCGAUCAAAAGUGUGCUGCGUUACACCUGCACUACAUAUUGCCUGUUUCAGUAAGCUUCAACAGUCCAAAGUAGUAGAGUCGUGUGUGUUCUAAAGCAUUUAGAAAAAAGAAAAUGAGGAGGAUGGCAUUUUGGGGCAUUCUUGCACCGGGCUGAACUGCACUUGCCAGUGCCAUCUCGAGCUCGGAAGAGGCUCCUAUGUGCUCUGUAUACUGGGUGCAUUGGCCUGUCUUGUUACAAAGUCUGAGAUGGCAACAGGAAGCAGGGAAAGUGCGCGGUUGAUAGUGUUUCUGUUGCUUGCCAAUAGGUCAUGUCCAAAACAUGAUGACCACGACCUGUUUCCAGCUCUGAAGUCACUUCCGACACAUGCUGUUCACGAAAGCAAAGCCUUCGAGAUCUGUUUCAGUUACUGCGGAGAUACGGUCGCUGAGGGCUGGCUUUGAAUGCUACCUGUUCCACCAUUCUCGCUUCGUUUCUCCCGUUGUUGUAGUGCAUGCUCAUGCUCUGUGACCGUUUAGCGUGGAAGGCAGGUCAGUAUGCCAAAAAAAAAAAAAGAAAUACUUUUUUCUAGCUCGAUUUUAUGAGAUGUGGAAGGGUUGGACCGGCAACCUGUCCUGUUGGCGAGCAACAGGAGAUUGACAUCUGAAGACAGUGUGCUGAUCUUGCCCAUUGUCGUCCCGCCUGUGGCCUAAGUUGGCAGAGCAGAGAGAGUUGCCGAGCCGCUCAAGAAAUAUGAAUAGUCUGGAGCACAACUAAACACUCUUAGUGACCCCGGAGCCACACUACCUGCAUUUUCUAUUCACAGCUAAUUUUCUUUUCUUUACUGAUUUGCAAGCCUUUAUUUGUUUUCUUUUUUCUUCACAGUAGAGCCUUGCAGGUAUGAUUGCAUUUCUUUGAGGAUGCAAAAGCCUGUGCUCUUUGAUUGCCUCCUGAAUCACCCCAUGUAGUCGUGAAAAGAUACAUACUGGCGUGUUGCAUUGGUUGCACCUUUGCUGUUGAAAUAGCAGGGCCAAUUUAAUUAAGUAUGUAUCUUUAGUCGUCUUGCCAAGCUGACUCACAAGAGCAACUGCAGGGCAUCAUGCCAUCUUUUGUAGAAAUGUUGCUAUCAACCAACAUCUGCAAUAUGUUCGUAUUUUUCAGGAAAGCACGUAGCAAAAGCUUGAGCCUGGACACCUUGGCACUCCCUAUCGCUCAGGUUGAUUAACUCUAUUCAUCACAUAAAAGUUACUGAAAACUUGUUCAUCAGGGUCAUGGCGCGGUGUUUCUAUAACACUGCACGUAACAGUUCCAGGACAGGCACCAUUCUGCUUGCUUUCCUGUGGAAGUGGCACCAAAAAAAUAUGUUGUUUCACCCUAAGUAUGAAGCAGUUGCAGUGAUAGCUUGCAUCUGUGCAUUGUCAUCUGCUGCCUGCCAAAUGAUAUGCGCAUUGUAUUGGAGAACUUUGUCAAAAAUACCUGAUUCGCAUAAAGUGCUGCAAUAGACGUUAUGCAAAAUCUGCAAGUGCGCUUCACCACACAUCUUCCUUUCACGUAACCAAGAUGGCAGACUUCUGGCUAAAAUCGUAAUUGAAGUGCCAACAUGCUGGAUGGUGACAUCAUUCCUGCCACCGUUAAUUCCCCGCACCGUCCAAGCUUUAGAAACACGUGUCUCAGCUUUGACAGCGCUACUAACGUAGGAACGCGGCCACAUUGGUUAGGGCAAGGCAGCUGUGUGGGAAAGCCUGCGUACGGACUUUCACAUAUCGUCUAUUUCAUUCUUUUUUUAAGUAUGUUAGCAUAGACUAAGUCAAAACAGCACAUUCUGGCUGAAUGUAAACAUCAUAGCUGACACACAAAAAAUUUUGUCUCAGCUUCAAUAUGUCAUCAUAGAUGCUGUGACACAGAGUCAACUGUCAGGCGACAUUCAACCUACGCGUGUUGCGGUCAUAGAAUGUCCAAGAUUUAUGGGUACUGUCACAGCGCUGUGUGCAUCUUGUCUCUCAGUCUCAAGUUGGAUUGUUCAAAAAUGCUACAAAGUACUGUGAAGAGCCCAUAAUAGCUGUUGGACCUUUAAGGAAAAGUGAAUUGGCAUGCAUGUAACAUGAUCCACUGCCGCUGUUUGCAAAACGAGCAUCUUGCUUUUGGGGCAGCGGCACUUGCCCCGUCAAGUUUCUCCGUUAAGCCUUCUGCCUGACACGGCCACCUCGUGCAACCCCUUUUGUGUGCUGCGACUUAUUUAUGGAACCAUCGUCAUUCGUCAUGUCCGCUCAUUUUGCUGCAGCUAUGCGCAUUUCUUGUGCCACCUGCUGCAAGGUGCAGGAGUGGCCAAGAAUCUUGCUGCUGAAGCAUGCUGCCACAUUUGCCUUGGGUACUAUCGGUUCUUGGCGUGCGGUUGACGAAUGCCUCACUUGGAGUGUAUUUGCCGAGCACAGUUUGCACAGUGCCGCAUUUAGUUUUUCUGGUUCACUGCCAGGUUCAAAUGUGCUUGGAGUGCCUAAAGUAAAUGCAAUGGCCAAAUGUACUGUACUCGCUGUUGAGUUCGCCAGCUGUAUUGAGAAUCAUUAAGCUGAAACUGUACUCGUGCUUCGAUGCGCAGUGGAGGCGAUGAAAGAGCCCGAGACAAGGGACUCGAAGCCUGAUGUUCACCCCAUUUGAAGAGUUCUGUGGUGUUAUGUGAAAAUUUAGGAUAUCAGCACUUCAUCACACUUAAUUACAAGGUAGCUGUUGCUACUGCAUUUUUGUGUAGAUCUUUAAGCAUUGUGGUGUUGUGGAAGCAAGCCUAUUCUCAUUAAGCAUAUCGCAUUUCUGUACACCUUUAGCCUUUAAUGUUAAGCAACAUAGCUAAACACUAGUAAUGACACCUUUUGAAAACUCUGGAUUAAGGUCUACAGAAGCUUCCAAAUCAGCCAGCCAUCAGCACGUCAGUUACGCCUUGUUAUGUUCACUGCAGCUUUCUGGUUGCAUGAACAACAUAUUCGCUCUCAGUUUCCCUCCUGUCCUUUAUGACCUUAGGUUUUGUCAUGGCAGCACAAUACAGCAUAUCACCUACUGUGAUGGUUGUCUAAACGCUUAAUACCAGUAUGGUACAGGUCCUCCGCACAUCAUGCAGACUUCGACCAUCAUGCAUGUUCAGUAGUGUAGUCCAGGCCAUCAAGACCUAAGCCAAUGGCACCCAUAGCCAACUACAGUAAACCCUUGUCAUAACGAAAUAGCUUUAUUCAAAGCUUUAGAGCACAGCUCUUAGGCACCCGUUCCUGCAUUGAGCGUUGGCGUACCUCAGUGUGAGGAGGAAAAUGGAGGAGGAGGAUAUGGCGAAAGCGUGAAAAUAAAUGCAUAGUGCUGUGCAAAACAUGUUCUGCGGCGACGAUCCUUACGAGAUGGCGCCAAAGUAGUGCGCAUCGUCUAUUCACCGAUGACGCCAUCGAUAAGGCAUGUGGCGAGCGCGUCCUCCGAUACCACAUAUGGAAGCAAAGCGCUGCAUGAGCGGAGGGCUACCUUCGGUGGCUGCUGUGAAUUGCGCCCACACGUCACCCAUGGAGUACCGCUGCCUCUUUCGAUCUCGUAAUUAGCGAGCCAGUCGUGCCACAUUUCAGUCCGUUUGCAACGUACCGCGCGAGACAGAUUGUCCGCACCAGCCAAUAUAUCGCAAAAUGAAGACACGUAUGAAGCUGCCCUCAAAUUUCACAUUAGGAGGCAUCGUAAUCGUUGGUGAAUUUUUUCGUGGUUCCGACCAAGGAAGUUAAAGAACAUCUGCUGGAGUGGAAGUCGCCUAUGCCGGCCUAUGAGCUCAGGUGAAGCUGGUGGCAGCAAUCUUGCGGAAAGCAGGAAGCGGCCUGCCAAGAGCUUCGCAGCGUUUUGCACCAACUUUUCCAGCAGUGUUUUAAUUCCUUAAUGAAUUUUCAAGUUCUAAUGCAACACUGUGGGCUAUGAGGCAAGCCAUAUUGCAGGUCUCCGGAUUGCAGUUAUCCGACUGUUGGGGCAUUUUCCUAUCUUAACGGCAUCAAUAUGUGGCUGCCGCAAAGUAGAAAAAAAAUUCAUGCAAUAAGCAUUUAUUCUCUUUCUUUAAUGCAGUGUAGAAAUUGAUCAAUCGUGAAAGCUGUCAGAACAAAAAACAAUUAAAAACUGAGAAUGUAGCAUGAGAAGUAGGAGUACAUGCAACAAACAUAAGUAUUCAUUAUUAUCUUCAUUAUCAUUAUGGUCUUGCCAGUGCUUUACCAUCCUCAUUGGAUGGAGCGUCUCGGAACUUUGGUUGCGACUGUUUCCUUUUAGCCUGGAAUAUAAAAUUUUUCCUUUAGUCUAGAGCAAGAUAAUGCUAAUCUGCAACGUUAUUUAAAUGAGAAGAAUAAUGUUAACAUGUCAACUGCUUGUGCGUCAACUUUCCCAUAUACACCCGAGCAUGCUAGCACAUUUUGGGACCCGCACGGCACCGCGCAUGGCGAGAUACAACGGCCCGAAACACAUGAGCUGCAGUGACUGCCGUGCUUUUGCCCCCCACCCCACCCCUCCGCAAGAUGGCAACUCAGCGGCUUCACUUCACAGGCACUCACUCCACUCCAGUGGUUUUUCUUUAACCUCCUUGGUUUCAACUAAAUUACUUGCUUUGUAGAUUGGAUUAGUAUUCGGAGUUAUGAUUGGCACAGGACUUUGGUUGGUAUGAAGUUCGGAGUGGGAAAAUUGACAUGGGGCCACUCAUUGCAGCAAAGACAGCGACACUUUGGUUUUCUUUGUAUCAACCUGGAAAGGCAAAAAGCCCUGUAAAGGCGAAUCUGCCAUGUGGCGGCAGCUCCUUGGGACUAUGACUUUGUCAUGCCAUGCUAGCAGACAGAUGAGGCAGCUCUUCACUGUCAUCAGCAGAAUUUUGCCAUCAUCAUGUUGUAUUGUAGUUUUGUCUCUACAUACUUUGUUAUGUCAAGUGUUCACAGUUUUCUGACUUCUCUUUCUACAUGUUCUGAGCACAACAGUGACCCAGUGGUGCAUACCUCUAUGCAUGUUGCCCUGCAGGGUAGCAUAAUGUUCAUUCAUGUGCAUUUGUUUGCUGAUGUAAGGGAAAUAGCUGUGGCUUUUUUCUCCUGCAUAAGAUUUGCGCAGUUCGGUGUAGAAUUGUUUGCUGGCCUGUACUUCAUUCCAAUGCUUUUAUUUUCUGCUUUCAGACCUUGGCACAAAACUUAACAGGGGUAUUAAAGGCGAACAUUAAGUCAAGCUGGAGUGAUGGAAUAGGGUUCCAGAAUGUCCGAGUGUCACUUUUAUUGAGAACAAAGCUUUUUUGCAAGUGAGAUAGUGACGUAAACAUAGGACAGUGUUCGCUUCGCCAUUGUGAACGUAUGUCUCAUUUGUAAUUGCUGAAGGGUAACUAAGUAGGUGUACAGUUGUUAAAUUCUGGUGUUAAAAAUAUAAUUACGUUGCAAUCGAAUGUAAAGAGAAAUGCAUUUGCUGAAUCAAAUAUAAUGCUGAAGAAAGAGC